CUCCUGUGUACUUGUGGAUUAUAAUAAUAAAAUAUUAGGCACCGGGCUGUAUUAUGGUUACAACCUUAGCGUUGGACAGAACUUUGUUAAUAGACAACACACGCCAGCCUCGUUGCAAACAAAAUUGGCCAGCUGCGCCGCUGCGGUCCCUUUCGACUUCAACUUCUUCUCUGUACCAUUUCAUAGUUUGUACCAACGAUGCCGCCCAACUUGAAGCAGAGACUCGCCGCUCUUUCACUUGCACCAUCUUCUCCAACCCCUCCUCUUGGAUCAUCUUCAGGUCAUUCUCCACUUAGUCGAAGGAAGAUAUUCAAUCCUCCAUGGAAGCGAAACCUCAAUGCUACGGGAGAUGAGCCCGACGCAAGGGAUAAGGUGCAGGAGGUUAUGGGCAAGGUCAUUUUCCAGGCUGGCGUUGAUUUUGAGACUAGGCCCAUGGUCAUUCUGAGUGCCUCGGCGUUACCUGAUCCGCAUGAGGUCUCCUAUGAUCUCCUCUUGCAGCGAAUUUUAUCCUACCUCGACCUCUUUGUUGAAUCCGAUUAUACUUUAGUGUUCUUCGCAGCAGGUGGUCGCUACGCUCCCAACUGGAGCUGGGUUUGGAAGGCAUACCGAAGCCUGAGUAGGAAGUACCGCAAGAAUUUGAAGCGCCUGCUCAUUGUACACUCUUCUUUUUUUUCCAAAAUGCUUUUCUCGUUGGCAGGUGCUAUCGUCAGCCCAAAAUUCUUUCGCAAAAUAGUCUACGUCGACACUCUGUCAGAACUUGCAACCCAGGUUCCGUUGACGCAAAUUGACAUUCCACCUGCUGUGUACAAAGAGAAUAUGAAACUGGAGCAGCAAAUCGUACUACCGAGCCCUGUUCGCUCUAGCGUCUUUGGAGUACCCCUGGAAGAACUUAUGGGCCAUGACGGUGAAAAGGGUAGCAUUCCGCGAGUUCUAAAAGACGCUAUCCAGGAUCUUCUGAGCUCUGGACUGAACGAGGAAGGACUUUUCAGGCGCUCGCCGAGCUCUGUGCUGCUCAAACAGGUUCAACAGGCCUAUGAUAGAGGCCAAGUCGUUUCCCUCCAAAGCUUCGACGAUCCUCAUCUCGCAGCUGUGCUAUUAAAGAAGUAUCUCCGCGACCUUCCCAACCCCCCAUUCUCAGAAUCUCUCUAUCCCGAUAUACGUCGAUGUCCGACACCAUCGAAUGACCCCGCCGACAUCACAGCUACGGCAUAUAUCCGCGACACACUUCUACCGCAACUUAUGCCAUGCAUGUACAUCCUAUUGAGCAAUAUAUUUCACCUGAUGCACGAAGUUUCUCUACGAUCAAGUGUAAAUCGCAUGGACGCACACAAUCUUGCUAUCGUGAUCUGUCCCAAUCUCGUCAAAAGCUCGAACCCCCUGCAAGAUGUAAUGAUAUGUUCUGUACCAAGCGGACCGUCGAUGUCCAGUAUACCUUCCACUAGUGCAACGCCCACGCCAGCGGUACUGACGCCCCCCACCGACUCUUCAAACGGCGGUACUACGCUGGGAUCUAUCGUCAAGCUCUGUAUCCAGCGCUAUUAUGAAAUAUUUGACGAGGUCCAUGAUCGCUCGGAGGCGGUGCCCCCAUCUACUCGAAGGUCAACUUCCCCACCAUCAUCGGAAGAUUCAUCAGGCUCACUGCCCAAGCAGGCACGACCAAUGAGUUUACGGAGCGACGACGAGGAGAUUGAUGAUGCGGUAUUGGUCAUGCCGAUUGGACCCGGUGGGUCGGGGAUUGCUUCUACGAAUGAGAAUUUGGCCAGCGUAUGGGGCGGUGGUGGUGCAGAUACAAAUGCACAUGCCGUCCCAUACCAGCCGCGGCGGCGAAAGGUUCCCGGAAGCGCUGGCGGCAAUGGAAACGGGGGCAAUGAAAGUGGGGUACGCUCAAUUAGUGACGAUAACCACAACAGUGCAGGGCGCCGAAAUCGAAGUAAAGCGCGUUCGACCCUCAGCAUAGAGCGUGCAGGGAGUGUGCUUGGUUCAGGGAAAGGCUCGAUAUCCAUUGGUCGUGGGACGCUUCGCAAGGCUAGUGGUUCGGGGGUAGAAGCAACGGGAAUCACUGCUGGCGGGUUUUUCACUGCACCCUCUCCUCCCUCGAUGCCUCCAAUUUCUAGUCCAAACGAGCGUCAAGCAUGGGUAUAAUAAAGAUGGAUGUUCGAUAGAGGUUUAUGAGGUUCGUUACGGAUGUUUUGCCGUCCGUUAUCUAUUCACUGGCUCUACUUAUGAAUCUGAUCCGGGAGUGUUCGUUCUCUGGUUUAAUAUAUAUCUCAUACUCCCAAUAUCAUACGUGUACAUGUAGGAUAGUCUUGCAGUUCCAAAUUGUACUGUCUGAUGGGUUUCAACCAAA